AGAACGGUUAAUUAAAACGUGAAGAUUAUUUUAUUUUUUGAAGGCAUGCGAGCAUAAUAAGACCUCGUCUUACAAAUAUACUUCGGGAAAGUAAUUCAAUAUACACAAAUAAAAAAAUGUAUAUAUUGGAAUUUCAUUUCAGGAUUUUAUGUUUGUUGUUGUUUCAAAACCUUGGAGUACAGACAGUUUAUUCCCCCGAAAAAGAAGCAGAAAUAAGAAACGAAGAAAUUAAAAUAGCAUCAUAUGAUAUGAUAUCUCGACCUAAAGCCCAGACCGUCGUUAAAAUCAAACUAAGCAUUUUAGCAAUAGACGAAUUGGACUUAAAAUCUCAAAAGCUCACAUCAGCUGGCUGGCUUUCAUUUGAAUGGGAAGAUGACCGUAUCAACUGGACACCUUCAGCCAAAGAUGAUAUCGAGGAGAUAUUCUCUAAACCAGCUGAUAUCUGGAAACCAGAGCUCGUUGUUGAUAACUCGUUUGAUGACGUUGGAGUAAUUUCUAACUCGGACUUGUACCUGCGGGUAAAGAGCACAGGUGUUGUAGAAUGGGAGCCACCAAUGUCGUUUGUGACUCACUGCACAGUAGAUAUAACAUAUUAUCCGUAUGAUAAACAGAUAUGUAGUGUAAACAUUAUUAGUUGGGGGUUCACGGCGCAGGAAGUAAUGUUGGAACCAGCCGAUACUCCUGUCAACUUAGAUGACUUCGAGACGCACGGGGAAUGGGAGAUAUUAUCCUCUAGGGCUGAAAAAUUAAACGUGACAGAGUCGACAAUAGAUGGUGGCACUAUAAGAGUUUUUCCCUAUGUGGCUUUUUGGUUGAGGCUAAAACGUCGAUCCAGCUUUUAUAACUUGAACAUUGUCAUGCCUGUAUUUGUGACGUCAUUGCUUGUUGCACUCACGUUUAUAGUUCCGCUUGAAUCCGGAGAAAAAUUGUCAUACAUUCUGACAGUGUUCCUUGCUCUUGCCGUUCUACUGACACUUGUAGCUGAUUCACUGCCGUCAACGUCAAUUUCGACGUCAGUGCUUGGUUUGUAUCUUGGUAUAGUAACAGUGCUAGCAGCAUUCGGAAUUCUUCUGACAGUUCUCAUUCUUCUGUUAUAUCAUAAAGAAGGUCCGAGUAAGAAGUCACCGUCAGGUAUCAUGGGUAUCACAUAUUUUGCGGCUAUAUGCACGUGCUCGGCGAAAUCACUACGCAACAACAAAGUAACACCGAUUAAUGACAAGUUUGAGUCUGACGACGAUGAAGCACCGGAAUCAAGGACAGUGUAUGAAGCUGAUUGGAAAGAAAUUGCAGUGAUUUUAGAUCGAUUUUGUUUUAUGAUGUUUUCUAUAAUAACAAUUGUGAUGAACGUAUCGUUCGUGAUAACACUUACAGCGGGCGGGGCCUCAUACGAACCUUCGGAAUAAUACAGGUCUAUUGUUAUCUAACUAUGUUACAUUUGUCAUUUCUUCACUUUACAUUGUCAGUAUGAGUUGCGCAGUAAAUUUCAAAAACAUACAUGUUAACUAAUCAAUGAUUUGUGUUUUGUUGCAAACGCGCAAUGGGUAAAUUUGAUUUUAAUACAUAGAUUAUUAAGAUAAAUUUAGAUUGAUUUUUUAAAUAAACUAUUCCUGAUCAUGAAAAAAGCACCAAGGAACAAAAACACGUAAGAAUAUA